UAGAAGGAGCAUAGCUGAUAAACCACUAAUUUGCCUUCACCAAAUUCACCCUCUGCUUUUCCAUGGCUGACGGGCAGUAUUGCUACCAUCUCUGCGACUGAAUACUUCGACGGCGCCGGAAAUAAACACCCAAAUGGCCACAACUAUAUAUCUUCAUUUCACUCGAUUUGCCUCGCAGUUCCCUAUCCUCUCUUCGCACUUUGCCCCUCGCAUUUUUGCCAAGCAGCGCCAUCAAUUGCUCAAUUUUCGUCCCAGCUUGCGCUUUCAAUUUUCCCACCCUCUACCCCGUUCUCCUCGCCGCGGUUUUAGCGUUUCCGCCUCUACCUCUCAAGAUUGCAGUAAUCACAGCGAAACAUCUGAUGAAAGAUAUGAUGUGAUUGUUGUUGGUGGUGGGCAUGCAGGCUGUGAAGCUGCCCUUGCAUCUGCUCGAUUAGGAGCCAAAACACUUCUUCUCACGCUCAAUAUUGACCGCAUUGCAUGGCAGCCAUGCAAUCCAGCUGUUGGUGGACCUGCAAAGUCCCAACUUGUUCACGAAGUGGAUGCGCUUGGUGGUGAAAUUGGAAAGGUAGCUGAUAGGUGUUACUUGCAAAAGCGAGUUCUGAAUGUCUCAAGGGGUCCGGCUGUUAGGGCACUUCGUGCUCAAACUGAUAAAAGGGAAUAUGCAUCAGAAAUGAAGAAGAUCGUGGAAAGCGCACCAAACCUUUCGAUUAGAGAAGCUAUGGUGACGGAUAUUUUGGUUGGAAAAAAUGACAACGUGGAAGGUGUACGUACAUUCUUUGGCAUGAGUUUCUAUGCACCUUCAGUAGUUCUGACUACUGGCACUUUCAUGAGUGGGAAAAUUUGGGUUGGAAGAAAUUCCAUGCCCGCUGGAAGAGCUGGUGAAUCUGCUUCACUUGGUCUAACAGAAAACUUGCAGCAGUUUGGGUUUGAGACGGAUCGGCUAAAAACUGGAACCCCUGCUCGUGUAGAUUCCCGUACAGUAGAUUUCUCUGGAUUGGAGCCCCAACAUGGGGAUGAAGAGGUAAGCUGGUUUAGCUUUGAUCCUGCUUACCAUAUCACAAGAGAACAAAUGUGCUGCUAUCUUACACGCACUACAAAGAAGACUCAUCAAAUAAUCAAAGAAAACUUGCAUGAGACCCCUACCUAUGGAGGGUGGGUGGAAGCUAAGGGACCUCGAUACUGCCCCUCCAUUGAGGAUAAGAUUGUUAGAUUUGAGGAUAAAGAGUCGCAUCAAAUAUUUCUUGAACCAGAAGGCCGGAGUGUGCCCGAUCUCUAUGUGCAGGGGUUCUCUACGGGUCUACCAGAGAGGCUACAGCUUCCACUCUUGAGAACUUUACCUGGUCUCGAGAAUUGUUCAAUGCUGAGGCCUGCUUAUGCUGUCGAAUACGAUUACUUGCCAGCGUAUCAGUGUUUUAGGUCCCUCAUGACAAAGAAGCUUGAAGGGCUCUUUUUCUCCGGUCAAAUAAACGGAACUACUGGUUAUGAAGAAGCUGCUGCUCAGGGCAUUGUUUCUGGAAUAAAUGCUGCUAGACAUGCAGAUGGUAAAUCUCUGAUUGUUCUUGAGAGGGAAAGCAGUUAUAUAGGAACUUUGAUUGAUGACCUGGUGACAAAGGACCUACGAGAGCCUUAUCGCAUGUUGACUAGCCGCUCUGAACAUCGGCUGAUUCUCCGAUCAGAUAAUGCCGACAGCCGCCUUACACCCGUUGGACGUGAAAUUGGUUUGAUAGAUGACGAUCGCUGGAAACUGUACCAGGACAAGCAGUCUCGGAUUUCAGAAGAGAAAAAGCGGCUCAAGAUAGUCAGGGUUUCAGGAGGAGAUCUAGCUACUGAAGUUAGUGAGGUUUCUGGCCAGCCUGUGAAAGAUUCAUCUACAUUAGAAACCCUCCUUAAGAAGCCACAUGUGCAGUAUAAACUUCUUGACAAGCAUGGAUUUGGUAGUGAGCUAUUAUCUAGAAUUGACAAGGAAUGUGUCGAGACAGACAUUAAGUACGAGGGAUUCAUUGUCCGUCAGCAGCAGCAGCUCCAGCAGAUGGUUCAUAAACAACAUAAACGACUUCCAGAGGAUCUGGAUUAUUACGCAAUGACAACUUUGUCGAACGAAUCACGUGAGAAACUGUCCAAGGUGAGACCACAAACAAUUGGACAAGCAAGUAGAGUAGGUGGAGUAAGCCCUGCCGAUAUUACAGCCCUACUUAUCAUCUUAGAAUCGAACCGCAGAAAAGACAACGAACAAAAACGGCACGAAAUGACAGUUACUCAACCAGGCCCUACUAAAGAGGCCGUUGCUUGAUGAAGAAUAAGGUUGGCUGCUGCUGAUAGGACUGUGAGGAGAAUCGGUAAGUGAUUUUUCUUCAUCAUGCUUGUUAUUAGAAACUUAGAAUACAGUGUGAUUGAUUUAUUCAUGUUGUUAUAUAUUACUUAGAGAAGAGUGCAUUAACUGGUGACUGUUAUUUAAGAAAUUAAAGUAUGCAAUCAAUUUUGAAACUGAAAUUACAUUGAAA